AGGGCUGGGCAGCAGCAGCAGCAGUUCCAGACUGACUAAUCACCACAGCUUAAGCUCUGUGCCUUAAUAGUAUAGAAAGCACUGUCAUCUGUAACACUGGGCUGGACCUCCUCCACCGUCCACCUAACCAACCAGGAGAUUAGCUAGCUAACUAGCUAGCAGCCCCACUCUGUUUACAAUGCAUUAAGAAAGGAUAGUGCUAAGCAACAGAGAGCUCCAGCUACCUGUGGCUGACAUUUUACGGAAGUAAGAUGGACUAAUCGGACACCUGUUCUGCUUGCCGCCACAGAUCCCUCCCAGGCAGGGCAGGGGAGGGAGGGGGGAGGAGGGGCCAGCCCGGGUAGACAAGUGAGGCACAUUUUUUUCCAACCUGGAGGCUUUUCUCAGGAACACAGAGCUCUCCUGUACACAUACAGACACAGGGAAAGAGGGGAAAGAACCACGCCAGGAGGGCAACUCAGACAGUUGCUCUGAAUCAGGUCUCUCUACCUACACAUAGAGGGGAAAUAGAACCUUCCAGACCACCCUGAAAUAACUUUUAAAACUGGUUGUAAUGUUUUUCUGAGAAACUGAAAAUGAGUUCCUCCUGGAUUCCCAGGGAGAUUAUUCCAGGACAUGCUUCCUGCCUCUGAACAGUUUGACUUGACCGGGAAAGUCAUUGGAAUUUCACUCGGCUUUACAUCACUGGAAAUGACAUUUAACGUACAGAGGAGUCGAGGCUGUUUGUGAUUGGCGAUAGUGAUCUAUAUGCAACACAGCAGGGUCUUGUGUUGCCAUACAGGAUUACAGGAGAGCAGGGGUUAUACCUGGAGCCCUCCUUGAGAGGUUAAGAGGAGCUAGAGGAUUUGUCCUCACAAAGGCCUUUUGUUCACUGGAACCAGUUGAAGUGGAACACAAAUUGGCAGGUCGAGGUUCCUCUCAGUGUAGAGAUGAGCCUUUUGUGACACCCUGAAUGGACACACUGUGCUCGAGUAGCCUCUACCUGCUGGCUAGGAGUUCACUGGCAUAAGUACAUGCUACAUGACAGUUAAAGGUUCUGUGAAAAUGGACAGUGUAAGUAAUAGCUCUAACGGUCAGGGGAAGCAGCAAUCCAGUUCGUUCCGCAAUAAGAUCUCCACUAUGUUUACACGUGGGGACAAGCCUGAGCCUCAGAGGCUGGCGGGAGAGACUGCGGUGCUGACAGCUUUCAGGACCCUGUCUGAUGAAGAUAACUAUCUCACAGGGGUUCAUUAUCCAAGUGCUCUGGAUGUUAUCAGUGACGACAGACUUCGAGUGGGGGGAGAUGUGAGGGGUAGGUGUGAGGUUCUUCAUAAUGGAGAGGCCACCUUCCUUGAUAAGGAGGACAGGAUGGAAUCAUGGGAGAAUGAGUCCAGUAGGAAGAGUAGCUCUGUGACCUCUCCUCCUAACCCAGACCAAGUGUUUGUGUCCGUGGCCGACCCAGAUCUGGUCCAGGUCACUAGGGUGGAGAUCUGCAGCGACACAGAGAUGGAAGAUGAGGAGGGGAUCCGCAGCCUCAGCCAAUCAGACAAGCAUGCCUCCCCUGGAAUGUCCCUCCCACCUGACGAUGACCAGUGGACAGUGAACGAUAAUAACAUUGGUCAGCUGCCACCCGCUGGCCCAGUGAGAGGUGCCAUUGAUACAGACUUAGAGCUGCCUGUGUUCAAGCCAGAAAGUCUUGUGGAAAGAUCCCUCAAAGACACCUCUGUUCUGUACUCUGGAAGGAUUAUGGGCAGAUCUGACAGUGGGACAGAUCUUGGUCUCUUCUCCUCCGUCUCCAAACCACAAGUGCCUGGAGACGGCUGCAGCACAUACCUAUCCACUGAUCCCAGGCCUGUGGAGGUGGGUGUGGAUGCAGCAGCCAUGGGUGCAGAGGGGUCCAGCCAUCAUCACCACAAAGUAGCCAAAGGCUUCAGCAUCAACCAGGAGGUAUUGGGCCCUACUGACGUGUGUGCUGGAAACCCUGCAGUGGCUUCACCUCUUAACCUGUCUUUGACCUCUGAACCCCAGACAUCGGAGGCAGCAGCAGACAACACUGCCUUGCCGUCAGGACAGCCAGCGGACCAAGAUACUGGACAGAGGAAGGAGAUAUUGUCGGAAAACACUGGAACUGAGGAGCAUAGAGAGCAUGCUCCCUGCCUCGACUCCCCUUCUGCCCUCUCUGAUUCCAGGCCACCUGAAGCAGCAGAGCCAUCUUCCCCCAGCCUGGAGGAGCAGCCUGACACGCAUGUCCCUGGAAAGUCCCCAGUUGACAGCCAGCCAAGUGCCAUUCCUGUCUCUGUCUCGCCCAGGGGCCAAGGCGACAUGCCUGCCACUAGGAGGCCCGAUACAGAUCCGCCCUCCACCACAUUGUCUCCCGCCAGGGGCACAGCCUCCUGCCAGGCCCCCUCCUUCGAAAUUCCUGCCCUGUUCAGCAGGCUGCGGGUUCUGAAGAAGGGGGCCGUGGGGGAGGAGAGGGAGACAGUGUCUGAGAUCAAACAGAGAGACACUGAUCUGGCCCUGCUGAGCCUGAAGAAGAGCAUCAACAAAAUCAAGAACCUCCCUGAGCAGAUCACCUCCAGUAGCAGCACGUCCAAGAAAUGUCCCGAGCCCAAAACUGUGUCUGAGACCAAGAGUAAUCUCUUAGGGCAGAUCAGCCAGCUACUCAACCUAGACGGUACCAAGGCCGAGGGCAAGCUAGACCCAGACAGGGACCCAGAGAGGAGGGAGGAGGGGGUGACAGACAAGGGUCCAGAGCACAUCCCCAUCACCCCACCAGCAGACAGCAGGAAAGCUUCAGACACAACACUUGACACCUUCAAGAGGUCCAAACCUGCUAAAAAGGAUACAGAAGAGCCUGUGGAUUUAGAUGCUGUCAAGGAAAAUAACAGAAGUGAAAAGGAGCUGCUGAAAUCCAUCUGUGAGAGAACCUCCAAGUCUCCUAGCAGCAGUGAGCAAAAAGGUCCAGCAGAGUCUAACGUAUGUACUGUUUGUGUCUAACUCAAAGCAGUAUUCCGUAUGUAUGUUGUAUUUUAAAGAUCGCUAUUCAUAAAAAUAAAAAACUCAGAUCACCAAGGUUUUGACAUUUAUGAAUGUAAAGCGAUGUUGUAUUUUCUUGGGCAUAUUUAAUGCAGACAGGACAAAACCAAUAUGUUUGUAACUUUAAAGUGAUAUUAUCUCAUGGGGUAUUAGCUUUGGGGAUAGUCUUGAUUUGAGAUGGUCUCAUGUCUUAUCACGUGUUGACUUCUCAGUCAGAUUGGGCACCGACUGUACUGUAAGCCUUGGAGAGUGUGUACAGUUUCUAUGUAUGUUCUGUGUUA